UCGUCGAUGAUCAGUUGAAUAACAAAAAACGCAAAAAAUAAAAUAAUAACAGUUAUUAAAUUAUAAUAAUAACUCUUAAAGAUUCAUAAAUCUCCAGGAUAAUUACGUGAUAAAAGAAAUCAUAAUCAUAAAUUAUGCUAAAUUGCAAAUAUUUCAAUUUGUGAUUUUUAAUUAUUAUUGAGGUGUUAAUUAUGUGUUAUUAAUUAUUCUUUAAGGUACAUGAUCACUAUGUGAUUUAACAGUUCAUAAUCAAUAUUAUUUUCAAUAUCUUAUUUUAUUAUUCAAAAGUAUUCUUAAAUUUCUUUAAUGACAAUAUAUGUACACCGAUACAGUGAAAAAAAUCAAUAAUAAAAACAACUAUUAAAAUUGUUUUUUUUUUACGACUUUUAACUAUCAGUUUGAAAGAAAAUGCAACAAGGUGGAUAUUGGUGGAAAUUAUUACAUACGACCAAUUUUAAAGGUGUACUUGCAGGAUUAGCAGCACAUUCAGGACAAAUUUCUGUCGGAUUAUCUCAAGGAUUCAGUGCAAUUUUAUUACCCAAAUUGCUAGAAUCUAAAUUUGCAAGCAUCAAUGAAGCUUCAUGGAUAGCAUCCUUAGGAGUGAUAUCAAACCCUUUGGGUGCAUUUAUUGCAGGCACUACGGCAGAGUGUUAUGGAAGACGAGCAGCUAUAGCAUUAGCAACACUUCCGCAUGCUAUGGGAUGGCUUUUAAUAGCCCUUGCACAAAAUGUUCCAGUUUUAUAUGCUGGAAGAUUAAUCAGUGGGAUUGGAACUGGAAUGGCAAACGCUCUUUACUUAUAUGUGACUGAAGUAGCUGCACCUCAUCAAAGGGCAUGGUUAGCAUCAUCCGGACCAGUUCUAGUAUCUCUAGGAGUUCUUGCUAUCUAUGCAUUAGGAGCUAUCACAUCAUGGCAAAGUAGUGCAGCUAUAAGUAUUGGUCCAGCUAUAUUAUCUCUAGCUUUAACACGAAUAAUGCCAGAAUCACCUGCUUGGUUGAUACGGAAGAAUCGUCUAAAAGAAGCCCAAGAAGCACUAACGUGGCUCCGAGGCCCUGGCUUAGCUUCUGAGAAAGAAUUCCAGCAGCUAUGCAGCUCUAGUCCUCAAAAUACAUCAGAAAAAUCUGUUAGCUUUUCUCAAACAGUCUCAGUCAUAUGGAGACCAUUUAUAAUUCUUCUCAUAUUUUUUGCACUCCAACAAAUGAGUGGAAUUUACAUCAUACUCUUUUAUGCAGUAACCUUUUUAAAGGAAGUCGGUACAGACAUUAAUGAGUAUGCAGCAAGCGUUGGAAUCGGUGUAAUUCGCUUAUCUGCAGCUAUUUUAGGAACAGCAGUAGCAAAUCAUUUUGGUAGAAAAGCUCUUGCUUGUUCCAGUGCUAUUGGUAUGACAUUUUCUGCAGGUGGUGUUGCUAUUGCAUUAAAAUAUCCUGGAAUACCUUCAUGCAUCCCAUUAAUUUGUGUUGCUUUUCACGUAGCUUUUUCCAUGAUUGGUUUCUUAACUCUUCCCUGGGUUAUGACUUCAGAAUUAUAUUCCUUGAAAUAUCGAGGAACUAUGAGUGGAAUUACCACCGCUAUUGCUCAGAUAAUGGCCUUUGCAACUAUAAAAUCUUAUCCUCAUAUCAACAAUAUUAUUGGACUUGAAGGAACUAUGUAUAUAUUCACCGUUUCGGCAAUUGUUGGAGCUUUAUUUGCUGGAACAAUCCUACCGGAGACUAAGGGAAAAAGUCUCGAUGAGAUAGGAAAAGAUUUUACUUCAGUUCAGGAACAUACUGUCAGUAAUUUACCAAAUGAAAGAUUUUCAGUUUUACCAGAAGAUAAAUAUACGUAUCCCCGUAUUAUUGUAUUAUCUGGUGCGUAUGAAAAUUUGGGAAUUGAUUUACGAGAUGAACAACCAAGUAAAUCACUAAAUAGUCAAGUGUUCACAAGUGAUUCAUGUAUAUUAAAACUUUCAUCUUUGGAACAUGGUAGACUUUAAUAAAGGACUUGAUAUUAUUUAGUUAUAAGAUAUUUUCAAUUGUACAUUUUGUAUUUUAGUACUGUCAGAAGUUGUAACGAACCCACCGAUCAGUAUUAAACAUGUAAAUAGCUUGUAGUAUUAGUUGAUUGUAUACAUUUAUAAAUGAUUGUGUUAAAUAUGAGA